AUGUUUCGCAUUUCUAGAGGUUUACCAUUGAAAGCUAUUCAAAGGGCAAGCACAAGAUCAUUCAUUUCAACUUCAUAUAGAUCACCAUUGAUUAAAGCCACAUUCAAACCAACUUCAAAUCUAAUAUCUAAAAGAUUCACAUCAAGUGACACAGAUGCUUUGAAUGAAGGUAUCACAGACCUUGAUAUUAACACAUAUCAUAGAAUUAGUGAAGAUUAUUUAGAAACAUUGACUGAUUCUUUAGAAGCAUUAAGUGAAGAAAACCCAAAAAUUGAUGCUGAAUAUUCACAUGGUGUGCUAUCUUUAGUUUUACCACCAAAUGGUACAUAUGUUAUCAAUAAACAACCACCAAAUAAACAAAUAUGGUUAAGUAGUCCAGUAUCUGGACCAGAUAGAACAAAACAUAAAUUAGGUCUACUCUUAAAAGAAGAAGUUGCUUUAGCUUUAGAUCAACCAAUUGAAGAAAUUGAUCUUGGUGGGUUAGAUGAAGAGUGA